UUUAACAUCGUUAAUUUGAAAUGCACUGUGAACAAGAAAAUAUCAGAAUUUCAGAUAAACUUCAAAUUGUUGAAGCGGGAGCGUGGAGGCUGGCAUCCGUUUUUGUAUGAUAUCAAUGUGGACAUGUGCGAUUUCUUCAAACGCCCCUACAAAUUCAUGGUGUUUACCUUUUUUUAUAAAUAUGCUAAAGAUUACACAAGUAUGAACCACACCUGCCCCUAUUUGCCAAAUGUGGAAAUUGCGUUAUUAGAUUGGGGAAUUAAUGAGAAAGAAAUUUUACAGAAAUUUCCAGUUGAAAUCGGAGUAUAUGCUAUACACACAACUUGGUAUACGAAUAAGAAAUCAUUUUUGCAAAUUAAUGCAACAAUUGUUUACGAAUAGGACUCAUGUAUACAAAGUGCACAUAUAUAUUUUAUUAUACACAUUAAAAAUAUAGAUUACUGACAAAAUUAAU